AUGUCAGACAGCGACAGUAGCUGCGCUGGCAGCGCUCUCUCUGAAACAGAAGGAGUCAGCGUCAGCGUACUGAGCUGGGAGCAAGUGCAGCGUCUGGACGCCAUACUGACGGACACCAUCCCGAUCCACGGACGGGGCAAUUUCCCCACGCUGGAGAUGCAGCCCCGACAGAUUGUCAAAGUGGUGCGCAGCAGGAUGGAGGAGAAAGAAAUCCACGUCCGGGACGUUCGGUUAAACGGUUCCGCGGCCAGCCACAUACUUCACGAAGACAGCGGAUUGGGUUUCAAGGAUCUCGAUCUCAUUUUUUGCGCAGAUAUGAAAGGAGAAAGGGAUUUCCAGAUUGUGAAGGACAUUGUUCUGGACUGUCUCCUUGACUUUUUACCAGACUGUGUGAAUAAAGAGAGGAUAACCCCUUUAACGUUAAAGGAAGCCUACGUGCAGAAGAUGGUGAAGGUGUGUAACGACUCAGACCGCUGGAGCCUCAUCUCUCUCUCCAACAAUCGUGGCAAGAAUGUGGAGCUGAAGUUCGUGGACUCUCUUCGCCGUCAAUUUGAGUUCAGCGUGGACUCCUUCCAGAUCAAGCUGGACUCCCUGCUACUCUUCUAUGAGUGCUCCGAGAAUGCCAUGACCGCGACUUUCCACCCUACAAUUAUGGGCGAGAGUGUGUACGGCGACUUUAGCCAGGCACUGCAUCACCUACGUCACAAGAUCAUCUGCACCCGCAACCCUGAGGAGAUCCGAGGUGGCGGACUGCUCAAGUAUUGUCACCUGCUGGUGAGGGGCUUCCAGGCCACGUCUGAAACGGAAAUGAAGUCCUUGCAGCGUUACAUGUGCUCCCGCUUCUUCAUUGACUUCCCUGACAUCGGCGAACAACAGCGCAAGCUGGAGUCCUACCUUCAAAACCACUUUGUGGGUCUGGAGGACCGCAAGUACGACUAUUUGAUGACUCUCCACGGGGUGGUCAACGAGAGCACGGUGUGCCUCAUGGGACACGAGAGGCGACAAACCUUAGGGCUCAUAGCCAUGCUGGCAGUGCGCGUUCUGGCCGAGCAGAACGUCAUUCCCAACGUGGCCAACGUCACCUGUUACUACCAACCUGCUCCUUAUGUGGCAGAUGGAAACUUCAGUAACUACUACAUAGCUCAGGUGCAGCCAGUGUUUGCCUGCCAGCAGCCUGCUUACUCCACCUGGCUGCCCUGUAACUGA